CUUUUCUCCACAGACAAGUGAGAAGAACUCGAGACUACAACAGGACUCCGAACCACAAAAACUCUUUUUAUAAAACGUUUUUGUCUUUCCUAUUUUUUUACAUUCUGAACAGCAGGGCUCUGAAUCUAAGUUUUUGCCGCUUUGGAAUUUGAUUUUCUGUGCUUAAAAAAGGGCACAUUUACAAUUGUUUCUUCCCUCAUCUGACACUUUUUCAAUCUUCUGCAAUGUUUCCAGAGUCAAACAAAGGCUGGAGCUACGAGGACUGCAAGGCCACUGCUGAUUGGCUGCUGGCCCAGACCGAUGUGCGGCCCACGAUUGCCAUCGUGUGUGGCUCUGGGAUGGGAGGGCUGGCUGACAUGUUAAAGGACCAGGUCGUCUUCAACUACAAGGACAUCCCCAACUUCCCACAAAGCACCGUGCACGGACAUGCAGGCCGGCUGGUGUUCGGCACCUUGAAGGGGCGGCCAUGCGUUUGCAUGCAGGGGCGCUUCCACUUGUACGAGGGCUACCCAAUCCAGAAGAUCACGCUGCCCAUACGCAUCUUCAAGCUGAUCGGUGUGGAGACGGUGAUGCUGACCAACGCAGCCGGAGGCCUCAAUCAGGACUUUAAGGUUGGAGACAUCAUGAUCAUCAGAGACCACCUCAACAUGCCGGGCUUCGCUGGCAACAACCCGCUGGCCGGACUCAACGACGAGAGGUUUGGAGUGCGUUUCCCCUGCAUGUCCGACGCCUACGACAGAGAUCUGCAGCAGAUGGCCAUGGAUGUGGGACAGGAACUCGGCUACGGAGACUUCCUGAAGGAGGGUGUCUACUGCGUGUUGGGCGGACCCUCAUUCGAGACCAUCGCCGAAGCCCGUAUGCUGCACAAAAUGGGCGCUGAUGCUGUCGGCAUGAGCACAGCCCCUGAGGUGAUCGUCGCGCGUCACUGCGGCAUGCGCGUCUUCGCCCUCUCGCUGAUCACCAACAAGGCGGUGAUGGACUACGACAGCGAAGAGAAGGCCAACCACGAGGAUGUCCUCCAGACGGGCAAGCAGCGAGCGGAGCAGCUGGAGCGGCUGGUGUCCACCAUGGUGACAAAGAUCGAGCACAACAACAACUAUGCCUAAGAGACGCCGAGCCAGACAGACGCUAGAUUUGAACCUUUCAGUGUGACUGAAGGGGACUUAAAGUGGUUGAUAUUUAAUGCUAUGGUACCAAAUAUCCAACUUAGUUAAAUAUUUAAGUGAGCAGUGAGGCUGUUUUUAGUCUUAGGUCAAAAGAAGAUAAUAUUGUCCUUUGGAGAACCUUACUUACAUAUCAACAGAAAUACAAAACACACACACAGCCUUUGUUUUCAUGCCUUAACAGACGUCUUACAUUCCUCUAUCGAGCGGCUCCAGAGGAAAUGUUUAUUUUAUAUCAUUUUGAGACUUAUUUGUUUUAACUUAAAAUAUGUGAUCAGUUUGUGUAAAUGUCUGCAAUUUAACUUAACAAUGAGCUCAAAAAUCUGUUAUUUUGAUGUUGUUGAAAUGUGUUCAUUAGUGGACUUAUAGUAUUUUAAGGUGUUUUUUCAUAUGAAUGUUGUUACUAAAAAAGUACUAUUUAUUACUAAA